UGGAGGGAAAGAGAAAGAAACCGUCCCCUGUCAGAAGUAUGCGGGGCUUACGUCAGCCCGGACUCUUUAUCAGGCUGUCAGCCCCGGUCCGGACGCAGACAAGAGGUGCGCGGAGAUGACAGCGACUGGACGAGGAUGUAGCACACCUGCGGGGAGCGGCGUGUCGCGCGUUUAAUAACGGGACUAAUUCUGGAUUCAAUGUAUUUGCAGUUCCUCAUCAGUGAUGAGUUGGCUCCUGUUGUGGAUUCUAACUGCAGCCGGGAUUCAACAGGCCUACUCCCAGAAUUCCACUGCCAUGCCGCCUGCCACAGCCUUCACAUCCCCAGCUGCGGACCUUUACAACCGCACGCAGUACUGCAAGUGGCCCUGCGAUUGCCCCAAGGUCACCCCUACUUGUCCGCCGGGCGUGAGCCUCCUUAUGGAUGGCUGCGACUGCUGCAAGACCUGUGCCCGGCAGGUGGGCGAGGUGUGCAACGAGGCAGACACGUGCGACUACCACAAGGGACUGUACUGUGACUACAGCUCGGACAAGCCUAGGUACGAAAAAGGAUUGUGUGCAUAUAUGGUGGGAACGGGCUGCGAGCAUGAUGGCGUGAUCUACCGCAACGGGCAGAGCUUCAAGCCCAGCUGUAAAUACCAGUGCGUGUGUGUGAACGGUGCCAUCGGCUGUGUGGCGCUGUGCACCGAGUCCCAGCCUCCGCGGGUGUGGUGCCAAACCCCACGGCGGGUCAAAGUCAAGGGACAAUGCUGUGAGCAAUGGAUCUGUGAUGAACCCAAAAGAGGGCGCAAGACGGCACCACGUCACGCAGUAGAGGCCCUCGCAGCUGAGACCAGGAGCUGGCACAAGAACUGCAUUACCCAGACUACCUCAUGGAGCCCUUGCUCAAAGACCUGUGGCCGCGGCCUGUCCCUGAGGAUCUCUAACGCCAACGAGCAGUGUGAGCUGGUCAAAGAGUCUCGCCUUUGCAACCUGCGGCCCUGUGAAGUCGACAUCACCAAACACAUCAAGCCGGGGAAGAAAUGCCUGAACAUCUACAGGGAGGAGCUGCCCUCAAACCUCACCAUCUCUGGCUGCACCAGCAGGAAGCCGUACAGGCCCAAAUACUGCGGCGUCUGCACAGACGAGCGCUGCUGCAUCCCCUACAAGUCCAAAACCAUUGACGUGGAGUUCGAGUGUCCUAACGGGAUGGGAUUCACCUGGAAGAUGCUGUGGAUCCAGGCCUGCUUCUGCAACCUCAGCUGCAAGAACCCCAAUGACAUCUUCGCUGAGCUGGAGAGUUACUAUGGUUACCCAGAAGUCGUGAACUGACAGGCGGCAAUCGAGCUCUCUGCCCUGUGGAGGAUCCCGACUUUCUUCUGGCUUCUUUUUAUUAAGGAAUGUUUUGUAUUUGUGUGAUGUGUGUGUACAAGGGAUUUUCUUAUGGUCUUUUUUCCUAUUGGAAAAAUCUGUAAAUAUGAAAUAUAUAUGUGUCUCCAGAUUGGAUUCAUAAAGCAUGGUGUGCUUUUGAAGAAUAUUUGAAGAACUGCUUUGCAAAUGAAAGAAAAACAAUAUUCAGCCAGUGAGUGUGUGAAACAUUGAAGGCUUAAUUUAUUUGUAGCUCUUUGCAUAUGUCAUAACAUAUGUAAUGUUCUUGAGACGCUUUCAAGAGCGGUCAACAUUGUCUGUCUUUAAACUCACAAGCCAACUUACAUAAUAAGGCUUUAAUGUAGAUAUUUUCUUUAUAUUUCAUGAAAUUAACUUUAUAGUAAACAUUAAAAAAAAAGCAGAAAAAGACUGAGAUGCCAAAGACAGAGCCUCACUUCAGGACCACGUGUCCACCUAUAUGCAAUAAUGACAGGAUCAGGGAAGAUCAGUUACAAGUUUUUUUAUUGUCAUUUUUUUAAUAAAUACAAACUGUUAUGUCAUUUUAAUGCUUUUCUACAGCAUUAGACAGUUGUGCAUCACAUCUUUACAAAGCUGUGUAUGUGUUCUACAAAGCAGAAUGUUGCUGUAGUGCAAGUAAAAUACGGGAGUAGAAGGAGUCGGGUAAGUUCUAUGGCUAUCCUCGUGUUAACAUGUGGACCGAUCACUUCACACACCCCAAAAAACCACAACCACAUAGGAGCAUCACGUCUAAAAAAAAAUUCCAUGGCACAUCUUUGUUCCAUUGUGCUUGAUUGCAUAGAAAUCAUCAUUGAAAAAAAAGGAAAAAAAACAUUUUGUCUGAAGCCAUGAUCCAUUAAUAAAGCAUACAAUGUAAAAGCUUUUUGAAUUUUGUAUUUCAGAGUGUUUUGAUUAAUGACAAAGCAUACAGCCAUGAUCGUUUGAUUCCUGAAAAAGAUUUACAAGUUUGCCAGUGAAAAGAUGAAUAAUCAUUAAAAUAACAGCUGGUUUGGGAAAAAAAAAA